CGGGACUCGAUCCCACACACCGCCCGCCGCCGCCGCCGCGCCGACCCGCAGCCCAGCCGAGCCCAGCCCGGAGGGGAGCGAGCCAUGCCGGCGGCGGCGCAGCGCGGGCUGUGGCCCGAGGCGCAGGACACCUGCACGUCGCUGGGCCUGAUGCUGACCGUCGUGCUGUCCGUGGCGCUGGCCCGCGGGCUCCUCCGGCGGCACGUGCACGGGCCCGCGGCCCACGCCUUCGUCCUGGAGGGGCUGGCCACCUUCCAGCUCUGCUUCUGCACCCACGAGCUGCAGCUGAUGGGCGAGCAGGAGCCGGGCCACCCCACCUGGCCGCUGACGCUCACCUACUUCUUCUCGCUGGUGCACGGCCUGACGCUGGCGGGCACGUCCAGCAACCCGUGCGGGGUGAUGAUGCAGAUGCUGCUGGGGGAGAUGGCCCCCGAGGCCGGCGCGGCGCGGCUGCUGGCGCAGCUGGUCGCCGCCCUGGGCAGCAGGUACUGCGUCGGCGCCCUGUGGGGCCUGGGGCUGACCGGGUACCACGUCGGGGAGAGGAGCCUCGCCUGCAGGAACCCCAUCCACGUCGACUUGCCCAAAGCCGUCGUCGUCGAGGCCAUCUGCUCCUUUAUCUUCCACAGCGUCCUGCUGCACUGCCAGGAGGUCCGAGCCAAGCUCCGCAUCCACAUGCUGGCGGCACUCAUCACCUUUCUGGUCUAUGCAGGAGGAAGUCUAACAGGAGCUAUAUUUAAUCCAGCUUUGGCACUUUCACUACAUUUCAAGUGUUUUGAUGAAGCAUUCCUUCAAUUUUUUAUAGUAUAUUGGCUGGCUCCUUCUUUAGGUAUAUUGUUGAUGAUUUUGACAUUCAGCUUGUUUCUUCCAUGGCUGUAUAACAACCAUACACCUAAUAAGAAGGAAUAAUCUGUUCCAAAAGACUCAGACUAAGUCACAAGACAGUCCAGUUGGACGUGACAAAGACUUUGUCUCCUCAGAUUCAGCACACUGGCUGCCCUGGACUCAUCAAUGGCAUUUCCUUUGAGGAAGCUGCCUUAGUUUUCAUCACUGGGACUUAAAAAUUACAAUGAAAAGGAGGCAUCUGUAUUUCUGUUAAGACUUGUUUUUUUGAGUGUGAAUUAAAUGCUUCUAGCUGAGACUUGCUACAUUAACUAUAAA